GCGACGAAGCCCCCAGCAUCCCUUGGUCAGGGCCCCUUUCAGCGCUCCCCAAGGUUAGAGAUGUCUACCACCACAGCUGAGAUGGCCUCUGCCGGCCACAAGCUCGAGAAGAAGCCCGUCAAGUUCAGCAAUCUGUUGCUCGGUGCAGGAUUGAAUAUGUUCGAGGUCACCACUUUGGGACAGCCGCUGGAAGUGAUCAAGACGACCAUGGCCGCCAAUCGAGGCGACAGUUUCGCCAGCGCUAUGGGUCGGAUAUGGGGUCGUGGCGGGAUCCUCGGUUAUUAUCAAGGUCUCAUUCCGUGGGCCUGGAUUGAGGCCUCCACCAAAGGCGCCGUUCUCCUUUUCGUCGCGUCCGAGGCGGAAUUCCGUGCCAAGGUGCUCGGUGCGCCAGACUUCCUCGCUGGUAUCUCAGGAGGCAUGGCGGGUGGUAUUGCCCAGGCAUAUGCCACUAUGGGUUUCUGUACCUGUAUGAAGACGGUCGAGAUCACCAAGCACAAAAUGGCUGCCCAGGGUGUAAAGCCUCCAAGCACCUUCGCGACUUUCAUGGAUAUCUACCGCAAGGAGGGCAUCCGUGGUAUCAACCGCGGUGUAAAUGCGGUUGCUAUCCGUCAAACUACAAAUUGGGGUUCCCGUUUCGGUCUUUCUCGCCUUGCAGAAUCAGCAAUCCGCAGGGUGACCAACAAGGAAGAAGGACAAAAGCUUAGUGCAAUGGAGAAGGUCUUAGCCUCUGGUCUUGGUGGUGGCCUCUCUGCUUGGAACCAGCCUAUUGAAGUCAUUCGUGUCGAGAUGCAGAGUAAGAAGGACGACCCCAACCGGCCUAAGAACUUGACCGUUGGCAAAACCUUCAAGUAUAUCUACGAGACCAAUGGUCUUAAGGGUCUUUACCGUGGAGUUACUCCUCGUAUAGGACUAGGAAUCUGGCAGACCGUCUGCAUGGUGGCUCUUGGUGACAUGGCCAAGGAGGCAGUCGAAAAACUGACGGGCGAUCAAGUCACCGCUAAGCACUAG